AUGCCAGCACUUGAUCAUCCCCCUUCACUUGCUGCCAACGACGCCGAGGCGGAUGCAGAGGUGCCUUUCCCUCCUGUCACACGAGAGCAAAUCCUGAACUGCUCCUAUGACUCUUGGUUCCCAAAGUACCGCACGUCAUGUAUCAAGUCGCGCAUCAUCCCCCUCUCGCCAGAGUUUGUAGAGUACAUCCGCGAGGAUCGCAUCAUCCUCGCCGAUGACGACGAGCAAACCGCAGGGGGGGACGACGACGACGACUGGCAGCCCUCUGUUCCGAGCAGCAGCAGCACCAGCCACCAUCACCAGACGGCGCCGGACCACCCGGACUCUGCCAGCGAUGAUGAGGAUGAAGAAGAAGGGGACGAGGCACCAGCAACAAGCCAACCGCCAAACCGGCGUUUCCCAGAGCUCCACCAGAGGAUCAAGGACGAGAUCAAGGCCCUGGGCGGCGCCGUCGCCCCAAAGCUCAACUGGUCGUCCCCCAAGGACGCCACCUGGAUCUCGUCGCACCAGAACUCCAUCAAGUGCGCCUCGCCCAACGACGUGUACCUCCUGCUCAAGAGCUCCAGCUUCGUCAGCCACGACCUCGAGCACGCCUUCGACGGGUGCGCCCCCACAACCACCACCACGGCGUCCUCGGCGGCGGCCUCCGGCACCGGCCCGCUGGGGUACGACCCCGUGCUCGUCCUGCGGUCCUUCUUCCACCCGCACCCGGCGCUGGAGUUCCGGUGCUUCGUCAAGCACCGCUCCCUCGUCGCCGUCACCCAGCGCGACCUCAACCACUACCCCUUCCUCGACGCCCUGCGGCCCGCCGUCGUCGCGCGCGUCCGCGAGCUGUUCGACGGUAGGCUGCGCUUCACCUUCCCGGACCCGUCCUUCGCGUUCGACGUCUAUAUCCCCGGCGCCAACGGCGACGACGACACCGGCGGCUCGUUCCGGCUGUCGCGCGCGCGCCUCAUCGACAUCAACCCCUGGGCCCCGAGGACGGACACCCUGCUCUUCGGCUGGCCGGAGCUGCUCGACGUGCGGGUGCCGCGGCCCAUACUGGGCGGGCUGGGGAGCAGCGGGACUGCCCACCUGGGUGCUGCGCCGCCUAGCAGCGCGGAGGACGACGAGAUGACGACCACGGAUGACGAUGAUGACGAUGACGAGGCGGACGAGUACGUCCCCGAGCUGAGGCUCGUGGAGAAGGACGACCCGGCCGCCUACAACUUCAACUCGUCGCAGUACUCGGCCCACAAGCUGCCCAAGGACGUGGUGGAUGCCAGCCUGGCGGGCGAAGGGGGUCUCCGAGAGUUUGUGCAGCAGUGGCAGGAGGUGGUAGGAGGGGGUAGAGAGCCCCCCGCUGCAGAGUAG